AGGUGCAAAGUAUAACUCAUAUAUAGCUGAAUACCUGUAGUCUCUACAUAUAAUAUAUAUUACUUGAUGGAUAAAGGGCGAAGACAACGUGUGGAAAUGAUAAGAUGAUGUUCUAUGUUCGUUCAAUGUGCCGGGUCCGUUGGACAUUCGUUUUGCUUUCUUUUCUGGUCGUCUGGCUAUUUUUUCUUCUCCGUAAACAAUAUAUUUCAAAGCAACUGGCUCAUAAGCAGCACCCUGGUCGUAUUUUCCAAACAGAUGAAACUAUGCACCUUGCGAUGGCGGCUUGCAGAGGAAAAUCACUUACAAUAGUAAAGGAAGCAACCACAAUGAUCAAGAGUGCAAUCAUAUUCUCUCGUAGCAGAAUUCAUGUUCAUAUAUUUACUGAAAAUUUGGAAGACGAAUUCCGCAAAGAGUUUGCAACCUGGCCACUGUCUGCCAAGCGAAAGUUUUUGUUAACAAUUCAUCCGUUGGUGUACCCACUUGAUCCAGAAGAACUCAAAGUGAUGAAAAAUUGGUGGGGACCUUGCGCCUCGUUUCGUCUUUUUCUUCCAACAGUAUUGGAUAAAACCGACUCUGUUUUAUACGUCGAUACUGAUGUUAUAUUCUUAACUCCCCCUGAAGAACUGUGGCGACAUUUUUACUUGUUCAACGAUCGCCAAGUUGCUGCGUUAGCACCACGGGUAGGAUGGAGCUUCCAAGUUCCAAAUGAUAACGCUAACUUUAUAAGGAUGCAAGAUGGAAAGAAAACUCAAGUCAACUCAGGGGUUUUUCUGAUGAACCUCACUCGAAUGCGGCAACCAGUUUUCGCGACCGAAUCCGAGUCGAGGCAGAAAAUUUCGUGGAACAAAAAACUUUUGUUUCCUUUGUAUAGAAAGCACAAAGAGGAUAUGUAUGGGGAUCAGAAUUUAAUUAACCUUGUGUUUCAUUACAACCCAGACUUGAUUUAUUUCCUACCUUGCAAGUACAACUACCACCACAAGUUCUGCUUUGAUGCUUACCGAGAACGUUGGUGUACAUCUGCCGAAAGCGAUGGUGCUGCUGUAAUACAUGGCAACGCAAAUACGUUUUACAACAACUAUGCACCUGCGUUUCGGGCAAUCAGUAAUGCCAUGAGAGCAUACAAUUUCGAAAGAGAUUUGGAGCGUUACUUACUGAGCCCAAUGGAAAGCGGGCUUACUGAUCCGUCCGUUGAAGCCCACGAACACUGUGGAAACAAGACUUAUCUUUUUCUGAAGAAUAUUCGAAAGAUGGUAAAAAGAAGACGAAAUUUUAGAUAAUUUAAAACUAGCAAAGCGGGAUCGUGCAAUAUAUAUGUGUGGUAGUUUUCUUCAUGUAGUGUUUUAAAUAAACUUUUCACUGAUGAAAUCUGGGCGCGGAAGAAACACGUUUUUAUGCCAAUAUAUAUCACGAAUUAAAUGCAACAAUUCCAUUCGUAAAAAACUUAAAGCCGACAAUUCCAAAACUAGAGACAUCUUCAAUAGCCAUAAACCUAACAUCUUCAAUAGCCAUAAACCUAAACUCUAAAUCUCCGAUAGUCUUUAAGACUACUAUAACCCCUAUGUGCCCAUUUUGUCCGUGAUUUUGUUGCAUGACACAUAAAAGAAUAUGUAGGGGUAAGGUGGGGUACCGUUAAUACCCGAACCCAUAUUUCCAAGUCGUUUUUAACAAUUAACAAUUGUCUUUUAUAUUCGUGGAAAAGCGGGGCUACGGUUAUAUAAUUCUGUAAAUAUUCUUUGUUACCCAAUUGUACAAGAGAAGAGAUUGAAAAUGUAACGCCUUACCAUUUAUACGAUGCUAUGUGUGACAUGCCCAUAUUCACUCAACCAACAAUUUGAAACACAACACAAGAUUUUUUGUUACAUAUAUUAAAACGUAAAGCACACAGUUCCUUUUCGGUUAUACAUGAUUUUAAAUUAUGGUGAAAUAACAACGUAAAACUUUGCAAAAAAAUCAAAAGAAAGGCAAACCAAGUGUCUGUAUAUUUUUAAUUCAAAUCGCUACAUUCUCUGUGUCAUAACAGUCAUCUGGGGUGCUUGAGGUAACAUCUGCUGGUUAAUGUUCGACGUACUCUCCAGUGGUUCCAGUGGAUAAGUGUCGGGUCCGUAAUCCAACGGAAAUUGUUUGUAGGUCAUCACUGGCGGAUCGCUUUGGCUUGGCAACACGCUAAGGUUGUUUGCUGGGUCCCUUAUAGGUGGGAGUCUACGCAUUGCUGGUUUGUAAGCGAUAGAAACUAUACCAACGAGUGCCGCUAUCGCAGAGGAAAUUAUAAACA